UCGUCGUUUCGCAACUCUCUCGGGCUCUCGCCUUCCAGUGAUCUGAGGCGGAAGCCUGCCGAUGAGCUCGCCCGGCGAAGCGAGCGCCCCGUCCGCUCCGGCGAGCGGCGGCGGCGCCUUCGCGGAGAGGGCCUCCGAGAAGGUCCUAUCUCGCUACCGGGCUCUGCCGAAGAAAGGGAAGCCUCAGGGGCGCGAGGUCACCGGCCUCGCCGCCUUCCCCUCCUCCUCUCCUUCUCGAGAACUGGAAGUGGUUUCGCUCGGAACGGGGACGAAGUGCAUCGGGCGUUCUUUGCGGAGCCUCCAUGGCGACGUCGUGAACGAUUCUCAUGCUGAAAUCAUCGCGCGGAGAGCUCUGAUGAGGUACUUGUAUGCUGAGAUCCAACGACUUAAAAUGUCUUACGGUAAUGAUGGAAAAGACCAUGGAAGCAAUCCAUUUCAAUGUGACGGCGAUGUUUGUGAUCGUAGAUCCCCGCUUGAGCCGAUCCUAGAAGGCCACGGCGAGGGGAAGUACAGAAUGAGGGUGGGUUGGCAAUUACAUCUGUACAUAUCGCAGUUGCCAUGUGGAGUCGCUUCUACCCCCUCCCUGUUGCCUCAUAAAAUAUCUGCAAUGAUAGAAGAAGAGGAAGUCGAGGUACCAUCAAAGGUGAAAGACACAGAAGGAGGGGUUUCAGUGGAUACAUUGAGGAAACAUGGAGAUGACUUACCAAUCAUUGCCUCUAUUCGGAGAAAGCCUGGAUGUGGUGAUACUACAUUGUCAGUCUCUUGCUCAGAUAAGAUAGCAAGAUGGAACAUUGUUGGUGUUCAAGGUUCUUUGCUUUCCUACUUCCUCGAACUAGUUUACCUGUCUUCUUUGAUAGUUGGACGGUCUCCAGAUAAUCCUGAAGACAUGUUGGUGCAGAAUAAGCCGCAGCAUGCUCUAUAUGAAAGAACAUCAUGCUUUCCACAAGAGCAAUUAAGUCCCUCUCGAUUGAACAAGCAGCCAUUGUUCUUGGUCGGCCCAAUGCCUCCAUUGGAAUUCCAGCAUUGUGAGAGUGCUGCUACAACUCUAACAUGUGGGUAUUCAUUAUGUUGGAACAAGUCUGGGUUGCAUGAGGUUAAUCUUGGAACCGCGGGAAGGAAACAAGGUACCUCUGCCAAAGGGGCACGCUAUCCAUCUAGUGAGUCAUCUCUGUGCAAGCGGUGGUUAUUGGAGAUUUUCUUGUCACUCAAGCAUGAGAGUGCAGCCAACGAGCCAUGCAAGGAGACUCCUCAUCGAGAAUACAAGUCUUACAGGUUUAGCUUCGAUGGCUUUGAAAGAUACACCCCCUUUUAUCAAUUGGCAGUUGAAACCUCUCAAUCAUGACUUACUCUACUAAAGGUUAUUCUUUUUCUCGCUAUAUUGAAAUAGAAAGAAUACAGAAAGAUCUGUUGGUGAA